AUGGCUUGGCCGUGCAUUACGCGUGCUUGCUGCAUCAACCGCUUCUGGACCGAGCUGGACAAAGCGGACAUCGCGGUGCCUUUGGUUUUCACCAAAUACUCGGAUGUGGCCGACGUGCAGCACCUGCCCCAUCACCCGCAGCCGAGGAGGGCCGGUGCCAUUGCCAUAGAAACCCAGCCCCAUCCCGGCGAGCAGGAGGCUGGGAAGGCACCGCCCGCGACGGGUGCCGCAGCGGGCAAAGAUGGCUCUACUGCGUCCGUCAUGCGCCAAGACUUCAAGGCGUGGAGAGUGCGCCCCGAGCCCAGCUGCAAGCCCAGGAAUGAGUACCAACCCUCUCCGACCCCGUUCAACAACGAAACUCAGUAUCAGAAGGAUUAUAAAGCCUGGCCUAUACCGAAAAAGCACGACCACCCAUGGAUCCCCAAGCCAAGCCCCACCGCCCCCGUCGCCGCCACUACCACCACCUCCGUCGGGCCAGAGCGGAGCGCAGGGAGCGGCAAGCCGGAGCAUGCGGCCGCCGAGGCCGAGAGCGGCGUGGAGAAGAGCGAGAUCGAGGAGAAGAUGCAGGAGAAAGAGUCGAAGGAGGCGAUGAAGAAGAAAAGCGUCCAGAGGGAAAGGUCGGCAGAGAGAGAAACAGGUGAGAAGACGGAGGGACAGAUGCCCGCAGAUGUGAGCGCCGAGCAGGGGGAAGGCAGAGCAGCUGCAGACGCUCUCAACAGACAGAUAAAGGAGGUUAUGUCGACUUCUAGCAGCUACAGGACUGAGUUCAAGGCCUAUAAGGACGUGAAACCAGUGAAGCCCAUCAAAGCUCCAUCUCAGUAUAAACCCCCCGCGGUGGAGACCAGUCUGGAAACCAGCUACAACGCCACAUUCAAGGGGGAGCAGGUGAAGGCUCAGCCCAAUGACAACAAGCUGCUGGAGCGCAGGAGGAUACGCAGCCUGUACAGUGAGCCUGGCAAGGAGCCCGCCAAGGCGGAGAAACCAGUGUCUCGCACCAAACCAAAAAAGACACCAACAGCAACAGGAAAGAUGGUGAAGAAAGCAAAAGAGAAGCAGAUUGCUAGUUCCCAGUCAGGCAAGAAGAAAUCUUCUUUGGGCACCCCAGAACCCAAACCAGAGGGAGCUGUCACAAAGAAGAGCAAAGAGAUCAGUAAUAGACUGGCAGAAGCAAAGCAGUAAAAGCUAACUCCCCGCACUUGUGUGCUGAUCAAAGGUUACUUGACGAAUUAGGCAAAUCUCUUCCCUUUGGUUUAUUUCCUUACCUGUUGUUUUUGCUGUCCUGUCACAUAUUGUUCACCUCUGAAUGGGCACUGAUGUUGAGCUUUUAGAAUAAUGCAAAUAACUUCACUGUCAACUGUGUGUGUGAAUGUGUGUUUGUGAGUGUGUGAAAAUAUGUGAUUGCUUGUGUUUUGGUGCACAGAACCGCUUUAUAUUAAUUGAGCACAUAAUUUGCACAUUAUUUAUAUGGGUUGUGUUUGACAUC